AUGAAGAACGUGAAGGAUGGCUCCCUCAUGAAGGGCGUGAAGGACGGAUCACGGCGGUUGAAAGACGAGAUCGCACGGUCGAUUGGAGCUGGAUAUGAAGGUGGUGUCGACCCCGUUCUUGAGUACCGAACCCAGAGAUUCAACCGCUACAAUGACCGACUGGAGGAGCUCUCCAGGGCUAUGACGCACUACACCAAUGCAACGCACACGUACGCUCAAGCCACAGCCCAGUUGAUGCACGCAUUUUCAGCGUUCUUUGAAUCUCAAAUGCAGGAUGCACAAGAAGGCGAGUCUGGAUGUCAGUCUCCAGGGGUUAAAGCUCUAGCCCAGAGCUCCCUCCGAGUGGAGGAGAUUCAGCAGUCACUGCAGGCAAAUGUGCUCGAUGUGGCUCAAUCUCUUCAGUAUCGAACGGUGGUGCAACCGCUGCAAGAGAUGCGCGGCAGCAAUGCCGCUUUGAGUCAGCAGCUCCGAAAUCUUAAGCAAAAGCUCAGCGACUUCGACUCGGCUCAGCGCAACGCUGAGGCGCAGAAAAAGAGCCCACCGGACUUUGAGAAGGCACAGCAGAAGCUGCAAGCUGCGACUGCUUCCCUUUCCGCCGCGGCAGAAAGUGUCGACGCAGAUAUGAGCGCUAUCGAAGCACGACGCGAUUCGGCUCUCAAGAAUGAAUUGCUCACCGUCGUAGCUUCACAGAUCUUCAUCCACUCCCGUGCUAACGAACAUCUUCAGCAAUUAGUGCCGCUCCUUCCUGGUGUAGCCAAACCGCUCGUCUUGCUACUCGCUGAGUCGGCGCGUCGUCGUCGACCUAUCAAUCCAGCCACAUCGGACGUAAUGGGUGUGAUCUCUUACUGCGGAGAAUACUCCCGAGGUACUUUGGAUCAACCGCUCAGUAGCCACCGAGACUCACUCGUUGACGUCGCUGCUGUCCACCCAAUCACAAUCGCUCCUUUCAAGGAGAUGCACUUCGCUGAGAAUAUGGCUGCAAGCACCUACGGCCGGCGACAACAGUGA